AAGCGAUCAGCGUGCUGCAUAUACUGCUAUGAGCUAGACGACUUGAAGGAUUUAUGCCGUGUCAAGGGCCUGUCCAUCACUGGCAAGAAGGGCGAGCUGGUCGGUCGCUUGCUGUCCACAGGGGACAGUAGCGCGAAUACAAGUGGUGCCGUCAUCUACAACAUUUCCAUCGGCGGAAGCCACACCCAAGUAGCCACACACGCCGCGAAGGCGCCAUCGACCACCAAAUCCACACCCGUGUACGAGGCUAUGAAUCUUGACCAACUCAGGCAGGCAUGCAGAGAAAAGGGGUUGCAGGUAGGAGGCCGUAAGGACCAGCUACUCGCACGACUACACGCGGGACAGAAUGUACCGGCGGGUCCGUCAACGGCGACUAAUAAGCGUGAUGCGGCUGGAGAUUUUUCGAGGGUAGGGCCUGCGAAGAAAAUCAGGACCGAUUCUGUUGAGAGUGCCGGCGGGGUUGCACGCGGUGCUUCGGGUGUAAGUGGCUAUCAAGGCAACGGGAUGGACAGGUACUCACUCAUAGAAUCGCCACAUAAACAUUCACCGAUUGACAGGCGAGCCUACGGUAGUAAUAGUGCGACUGAUUGGCGAGACGAAUCGCGUGCCGCUUACUGA